UCUGAAAUGACAUUGGACGGUGAAUACUGUCGUCUAAAAGGAAGUGAAAAAGAUACAGAUUUGUAGUCUUAUUAAUAUUUAACAGAUGGUGUUGGUGUUGUGUUGCAAAGGAUCUUGGUGUACAGUAUGUUUCUAACAUUACUGUAUGACACUUCUUUCAGUAACUAUAUAAAAAAAUGCUAUUUCCAUUGAAGCACCUGUGUCCUCGAUAUAGCAUAUUAAAAAGUCUAAAAAAGUCCAAAAAAUUUAGUAGUCAUAAACCAGCUGUAAUCUUAGGAAUUGAAAGCAGUUGCGAUGACACUGGUUGCGGUAUUGUAGAUAGUAAUGGAAAUAUAUUGGGUGAAGCAAUUAAUUCACAAUGUUUAUUACAUUUGAAAUACGGAGGUAUAAUACCUACAAUUGCAAAAAAUAUGCAUAGACAACAUAUUACAGAAGUAUGUGAAAAAGCAUUGAGAUCAGCAAAUUUAAAAUUAAGAGACGUAGAUGCUAUAGCAACUACUGUAAAGCCAGGUCUAUCAUUAUCACUUCAAAUAGGUGAAAGGUUUGGAAAAUAUCUAGCGGUUCUUGGUAAUAAACCAUUUAUACCCAUACAUCAUAUGCAAGCUCAUGCACUUACAGUUAGAAUAACAGAGAAGGUAGAUUUUCCUUAUCUUGUACUUUUAAUAUCAGGUGGUCAUAGUAUGCUUGUAGUUGUUCAAAAUGUACAGAAAUUUAUUAUACUUGGUUCAUCGGUGAACAAUGCACCAGGAGAAAUCUUAGAUAAGGCUGCUCGUAGACUUAAAUUGAAUAAUAUAAAAGAUUUUAAUAAUAUGAGUGGAGGUCAAGCAGUAGAAGCAGCGGCAUGCAAGGCAUCUAAUGUAAAUCAGUUUAUUUUUAAUGACUCUAUGAAGUUAUAUCAGGACUGUAGAUUUAGUUUCUCUGGAAUAUUAGCAACAUGUACAAAGCAUAUUACUGAAGAAGAGAAGAAACAUAAUAUUAUAGCUGACAUGAUUAUACCUGAUGUUUAUAAUUUAUGUGCUAGCCUUCAAUUUGCAAUUACAAAACAUCUCUGUCAUAAAACUCAAAGAGCAAUAGAAUUUCUUGAUUACAUUAAUUUAAUUCCUGAAGAUAAACGAACAUUGGUAAUAUCAGGAGGUGUUGCAUGUAAUAAUUUUAUAGCAAAAGCUUUAGAUAUUAUAUGUUCUGAACUAAACUAUAAGCUUGUUAGGACACCACCAAGAUUAUGUACUGAUAAUGGUGUCAUGAUAGCUUGGAAUGGAGUAGAAAAAUGGAUUUCAGGUAUUGAUAUACUCAGAAAUGAAAGCGAGAUUAAAAAUGUAACUGUAGAAACAAAAGCAGCCAUAGGAGAAGAUUGGACAGAAAGAGUACAACUUUCAAAAUUAAAAUGCAAACGAAUAAAGAUAGAAGAAAAACUUGCUAUGAAUUCAACUAUAGCUAAUGAUGCUGUCACAAUAUCAUCAAAUUCUAUAACAUGAUCAGGUCUUAUUUCCUCAGGAUAUUCUGAAGCAACAUUUGGUAAAUCUUCCAAUUUAUCUUUUAUAUCAGCAUAAAUUUUAUCAGCAUUAUUUGUAUCCAUCUUAUUUAUUAUAAGCAUAGAAGGUGUAUUUAAUAAAUCUGGUUUGUAUAGUUCAA